CACAGCCACUAAGUAGCAACAAUACAAAGACUUAAAUACCCUGCAGUGUCUUCGGUAUGUACUCUUUGGUUAAAAAUGUUCUAUGCCUUUUUCUUGAACCCACAAUUUUGAGGUAAAUUCAGCACAGUUAUUGACCCACCUUUGAACUAGGGAUAUCUGAAGAGGUUUUUCUGUAUUGGCUUCGACUCGUCUUGGCCGUAUUUGCAUUUGUACUUGUAUUUGCAUCAGUCUCGCUAAAUAUGGUCUGGAUCUCAGGUGAUCCGUUGGCGCUUUGCAUGACAGGUGAAGUGACCUGGUGCAUCAGUUUCACUUUUCCACGUAACUCAGAGGAAACAGAGCUGCAUAAAAGCGCAGCCUAAAAACGACCUUAAUUAGUUAUUGAUCGACUUACUUUGCCGAGUUUCUCAGCUGUCAGAGAUGAGCGCGAGCCUGAGUGAGCAGUAUGAGGAGAAGGUGCGCCCGUACAUCGACCUGAUCGACUCUCUGCGCCCGCUCGGUGUGGAGAAGGACCUCGCGCUUCCAGCCAUCGCCGUGAUCGGAGACCAGAGCUCGGGGAAGAGCUCGGUGCUGGAGGCGCUGUCCGGAGUCGCUCUGCCCCGCGGGGGAGAAGAUGUCGUGACACGAUGUCCACUUGAGCUCAAGAUGAAGAAGAGCAGACAGAAGGACUUCUGGCAUGGAAAGAUCAAGUACAAGGACAUUGAGAGAGACAUUGCAGAUCCAGCAGAUGUGGAGAGAUGGAUUAGAAAAGCUCAGAAUGAAAUAGCUGGAACCUUGGGCAUGAGCGACGAGCUCAUCAGCCUGGAGGUGACGUCGACCAAUGCUCCCGACCUCACGUUCAUCGAUCUGCCUGGUAUUGUCCGAGUGCCAGUCGAAGGCCAACCGGAGGACAUUGGAGAACAGAUUAAGAGCCUGAUGAAAAAGUUCAUCACAAAACAAGACACCAUCAUCUUGGUGGUGGUGCCGUGUAACGUGGACAUCACCACUACUGAAGCGCUGAAGAUGGCUCAGAAAAUCGAUCUACUCGGUGAAAGAACGAUUGGCAUCCUAACAAAGCCCGACCUGGUGGACAAAGGCAAGGAGGAUGAGGUGGUGUCUGUCAUCAAUAACGACAUCAUUUUCCUCACCAAAGGCUAUACGGUCGUCAGGUGCCAAGGACAGCAGGAGGUCGUGGACCGCAUCUCUCUGUACGAAGCCAUCGAGAAGGAGAAGCACUUCUUUAUAGAACACCCACAUUUCAGGAUGCCGUAUAAAGCAGGAAAAGCCACCAUUCCCAAGCUGGCUGAGAAUCUCACACUCGAACUUGUCCUUCACAUCGAGAAAUCUCUGCCGCAGCUGAAGGAGCAAAUCCAGCUGAUGUUGGCUGAAACUCAGACUGAACUGGAUCGCUACAACUCUGGGCCUCCUACAGAUCCAGAACAAUGGAUGGAGUUCCUGACUGAUAAAAUAACAGCAUUCACUCAGGAUGCCAUCAACAUAACAAUUGGAGAGGAGACGAAGAGCGUGCCACAUGUCAACAUCUACUCCACUCUGAGGAGAGAGUUUAAUGACUGGAAGACGGAUCUAGACAAAAGAGGAAAGACAUUUAACAAGGGCAUUGAGAAGGAAGUGAAGGAGUAUGAAGAAAAAUACAGAGGCAGAGAACUCCCAGGAUUCAUCAACUACAAGACCUUCGAGAUUAUACUGAAGGACCAGAUCAAACAGCUGGAGAAACCUGCCAUCAGGAGAAUGAAGGACAUCUCAGAUUUCAUUAGGAAUGAGUUCAUCCAGCUGGCUCAAUCCAACUUUCCGGACUUCCCGAAUCUCCUCAAAGUGACAAAAACCAAGAUCGAGAACAUAAAUCAGCUGAAGGAGUCCGAGGCUGAAUCGAUGCUGAAGACUCAGUUUAACAUGGAGCUGAUGAUCUAUACUCAGGAUAGUGUCUACACUAACAUCCUGAACAUGCUGAAGCGCAUGGAGGAAGAAGAUGAGAGACAAUCUCAUGGCGUGGCUCGCCCUCCUUGCAAUAGUUUGUACAAUCGCUCAGACACUGAAGCCACCCUGGAGGAUCUGACGCACUACCUCAAGUCUUACUACAGCAUUGCGAGUAACCGUCUGGCUGACCAGGUGCCGCUGGUGAUCAAGUACAAGGUGCUUCAGGAGUCGGCGGCGCAGCUGCAGAGAGAAAUGCUACAGCUCAUGCAGAAUUAUAACAUUAAUGAUCUGUUGGAAGAAGAUCAUUUCAUCAACAUCAAACGCAACAACCUAAAAAGCCGCCAGAAACGUCUGGCGGAGGCCCUCGUCAAACUGGUCUUGUUUUAAAUUUCAAAUUUAUAGUCAAUUAUGGUUUACGGAAAAAUGUAUAACUUUUGAAAACUUUAGGAAACGCAGGUAGUAAUGAUAAUAAUAAUUGAUAUAUUUACUUUUAGAUGAUUAGUUCAUAUAGCUACUUAAAAGCUUUGCAUUUUUUGUUUGUUGCACAAUAUUUAAAGAAACGUAAUUGAAAUAUCUGUUAAUGCGAUUUCUUACUUUGCUGUGUUGAGUCUGUGACAAAAUUAUCCUAGAUGUACUUUUUUUUUGUUUUGGGACUGUUUUCUGCUUCUUAUACUUGCUGGGAGAAUGAUUUUAUUAUUUCUUUUUCACUUGGAUUGAUAAUGAUUAAUUAGGAAUAAACUUUCAUAAAAUCUAGUUUGGACGUCAUUGGAAGUUUGACUUGUUUUUCUGUCUUAAUCCCACAUACAUUAUGCUGGUGAUAUAUUAAACAUACCAUGUCAGGAUUGUGUAUGUGGAGUUUGAAUGUUCUCCCCGUGCUUCGAGAGUUUCCUCCGGGUACUACAGCGUCCUCCUCCAGUCCAAAGACAUGCACUGUAGGCUGAUUGCCAUCUCUAAAAUAUGUGUCCAUAGUAUGUGAAUGUGUGUUGGAACCCCAUCAAAGGUGUCCCCUGCCUUGUGCCCAAAGUCCCCUGGGAUAUACUCCAGGCUCCCUGCAACCCCAUCUUUGGUCUACUUGGUGUCAUAUUAUGUCACAAUAAAACUCGACAGAAGUGACAAUGAAGCAUGAUGAGAGAUCAAACAUUACAGUAAAGUAAAUGUUGCCUGAACAUGAAAAAGUCACAGCUUAAACCAUUGUCUGUGUGUCUCUGUGUGUGUGUGUGUGUGUGUGUGUGUGUGUGUGUGUGUGUGUGUCAUCACAUUCUACAUAUUUUCCAUCUCAUUCACAAUAUUAUUAAGGGGAAAAAAUCGUCCAUUGCACCUUUAACAUACGACUGACAAUGUAAAAAUAAAUAAAUAAAUAAAAACCUACACAUUGUAUGCUAUAAAACUUCUCAUGUGUGGCAUUUUCCCAGCAUUAUGUAGCAUGUUUUAUCAGUGAGUACUUUGUUGCUUUACAAAGUAAUUUUGUACACUCUCACCACUUUUAACCAAAUAUUACCCAAAUAUAAUCUGUAAGUGUGCAAAAACCAUCGCCUAGC